AUGAUCUAUCAGCAAAGCUUUGAAGCCAUCCAUCAAAUUCUCGGCAAGGAUCAGGCGCGUGCGUGGAAACAGACGCUGAAGACUUCAUUCCUUCAAAGCCACUGGCUCCUUCCCUAUCCACAUGGUCAUGGGUUCAUGCGCAAGUCCAAGGACACGGGGCAGGAGGUAUGGUGGUCUAGCGUGAAUUAUGGCUUGAAUGAACACUACCAGCAAUGGUAUGGUCGAUCCCAGCCUGGAAAGCUCUUACCGGCGGAGUAUAUUCAACACCAUCCUACUACCAGCUGGGGUCACUUCUAUCCCGAUCACCGGUACAUGGAGCGUGGCAUGGAACCGGAGAUGGAUCUUGUUCGGCUUUCUGACGGGGAUUUAUAUGAGAAGUUGGUACAGAUUGCCGAUCGCUUUUCCCAGAAUCCUUAG